UGUAUCUUGGUGAACUUGCCAGAAUCGUUUGCAUGGACCUGGUCGAAAAGAAACUCCUCUUCAAAGGGCAAGUUACAGAAAAAUUCAGGAGAAAAACAGUUUCCCUGCUGAGUUUGUGUCUCUGGUUGAAAGUCGAGAAGGGCACAAGAUAGAGGAGGUGUUAAAAGCAAUGGAAGUAGCGAAACAAGCCUCAGAAUCUGACAUCGAAAAUUUGCAGCGAGUUUGUGCUGCAGUAUCCCUGAGGGCUGCUAAAGUAGCUGCAGCAGGGGUGGCCACAAUUGUCAAGAAAACCGGUAACUACACGACUACGAUCGCCGCUGAUGGAAGCCUCUUUAAGAGACACCCACAGUUCAAGAAUUACAUGCAAGAGACUCUCGCUGAAAUUUUGCCGGAAGCCGACAUCACCUUGAUGCUAUCUGAAGAUGGUUCAGGAAAAGGAGCAGCACUCAUUGCUGCUGUUGCAUCACAAAUGAAAAAACACUGAGUUGUAUCAUCUUUUGUAAUCGAAUAGGAGUCAGAUAAGACAUUAAGCCAGCGGUAUCACUACAAUGGUACAUGCUUAUUAAAUUAAAAGUUUUAGAGACAGUAGCUCAGCCUCGCAUUGGCGUUAUGGUUCAAUUUUAACCUUAGAUUUAAUUUUGUUUUUCUUUGUUUCCACGGAUGAGAUCAGGAAUUGUACGUCCGUUUGUCCGUGUCCUAACACAAAAGUCUCUAAUAAACAGACUGAAAAAUUA